AUGGAGUCCAAGAAAGUGGAACUGAGGAAACGGAUGGUCCCUGUUGACCCGAUUGCAGUCACAGAGUCUUUAGGGUUACUGACAUUUCGUAAGGGUCGUAAGCCUUGGACUAAAGAAGAAGAUGAAUUACUCACACGAUUGAUCUCAGAAAUGCAUGAUGUACAUUCCUUUACACCCGACGAAGUGAAAUGGGAGAAAAUUGCUCCUCAGGUGUCUCCAGACGGAACACGCAAAGCUAAAGAUUGUCGCAAACGAUGGCUCAAUUCAUUGUCUCCUCAUCUUCGGAAAGGUCGGUGGCUUCAACAUGAAGAUGAUAUGCUUUUACGAGCGUAUGAGAAGUACGGUACCUUGUGGCAGAAAGUCGCAAGAGAAAUCCCUGGUAGAACUGAUGAUCAGUGUUCGAAAAGAUACAUGGAAGUAUUGGAUCCCAAGACUAAAGAUAGACUACGACCUUGGAAUGAGGAGGAAGACUUGCUAUUGAUCAGAAUGGUCAAAGAUAAUGGUACUAAGUGGCGUACAAUCUCUAACAGUAUGUAUGGGCGUCCGCUGCUAACGUGUCGUAAUAGAUGGAGGAAAAUAGUGACUGAUGUUGUGAGAGGCCGGGCACUGGAAACUAUCAAACAAGAAGUAGAGAAGUUCACGGACGGUACUUUGGCCCAUGUUUGUAGUAUUGAUAAAGAUACUGAUGAUCAAACAAGUCAUUCUGAUGUUGACAUGAAGUUAGAGCCAGCUAUGGAACAUGAACAUGAACAGCAACAGCUGAAGCUGCAUUAUCAUCAUAAACAACAACAACAGAAUCAGCUGCCACAACAUCAGCAACAGCAAUUUUGUGAGUCGGAGUUAUCCAAUUCCACUGGUUCGCAUCAAAAAACACAGUCAUCUCAAGUCCAGAUUUCUCGGCCACCCGAGGUACGGCCAGUUCGAGGAAGUAGUGAAGUUGAAUGGAGAUACUCAUUUGUGAAUUAUGAUGAAAAUGAAGGUGACUUACCUCAUCAACGACUUUUCAAUGAUUCUCAAGGUGGGGUUGUUUCGAAUCAAGAAUUAGUACAAUAUUUGAUAUCCUAUGCCAAGUCAUAUAACUUGGAGAUUGCAGUACAUCAGCAUAUACAUCACCAUUAUUCUCCUCCACUUACAACAGGUUCAUCUCAAUCUCCUGCCGUGUCGACAACUCCAGUUGAAUAUUCCAGUUCAACUAAAUCUGUUACCACUCCAUAUUCACAGUAUGGACAAUUUGAAUCGACCAAUGGUUCGAACUCUGGAACGUAUGGAUCUAAAACAAUACCUGGUACUUUCCACAAUUCCAAUAAUAACCGAAUACCCAACACAUCAGCACCAGUAUCUGCAGCAGCACCUCCUUCUUCAGGCACAUCUGCAUAUUAUCUUGAGCCUGAAACCCAACUCAACCGAUAUCAGCAUUUCAAUUACUUACCCCCUUUAACAGAAGUUCCAAAGUUGAAUAGUUCAAAUUCAUCACCUUCCAACUCAUCCAAAGGUUCUACACAUCAUCACCAUCACCAUCACCAUCACCAUGUGGUAACGGACCGGAAGCAACAGACACCAGCCCAUCCAAAUACAGCUUCUGAAUAUUCAGAUCAACGUGACAAAGAAAAUGAUUUAGCUAAAAUCUUUACUGAAAAGAGAGAUCAAUUGGAUGUGUCGAAGUGUAACGGAUCAGGUACUAAUAGUGGGAAUGAGUCGAAUUCGCUUACACCACUCACACAAGCAGUAGAAUAUGUUACAGCUGCUGAGCAACAAAUUCUUCAAGGUAGAACAUCGAACAAUAAUUUACAGAGUAGAAAGCGUCCGAGGUUUGACGAUGAAGAAGAAGGCAUGGACUUUUGGGAGCUUAUGCGUAAUCUUUCUGACUUUCCACAGUAUCAACAGCAGCAGCAACAACAGCAGCAGCAGCAGCAACAGCAGCAGCAGCAGCAACAGCAGCAGCAGCAGCAACAAAGCUUACAACUGAGUUUGAACAACCAACAGUCAGCACCAGUACAGAACAUUCACACUAAAAAUCCUGAGUCAUCGAAGUCGAUGCAGAAACCCGUUUCCCAACACCACCCAUUACACAGUUAUAAUUCCCCUUUGAUACAGAAUGCCGUGACAUCCUUGUCAACUAAUAUGGGGGGUGUAUUUAACAAUGCAGAGGAAGAGGGCGAAGAAGAGGAGGAAUUGGAUGAAGACGGGAUUGCUACCUAUGGGUUAUUCUACAAUGUAUUCACCAAAGAUGGCUCUCAAAACCCCGAGUCAGGGAAUAACAUGAGAAACAAUAAUGGAGUUCAAGUGAAUAAUAAUAGUAACGAUACUGCAAGUGAAGCAUCACGAUUAUCACCGUAUGAAACUAUGAUGGGAUUCGGUGUGUUGCCUUUCAACCCUUCAUGA